AUGUCUUCAGCUAUAAAAAAUCUUGUUGAAAAAUUUAAUGAGGAAGGAAUUCCAACAGGAAAAGUGGCAACAAUGUUUAGUGGUGAUGACCAACAAUUUUCUAAUAGAGAUUGUUGGAAUCACCUUAGGAAUUUAAGAAAAAAGAACUUAGAUGUUGGAGAUGCUCAGGCUGUCUUGAGUUUUUCUUAUCAAUAUUUUGGGGAUGUUAUUACUUUUGAUACCUCUUACAAGACCAACAAAUAUGCCAUGCCAUUUGCCCCAUUCACAGAAUUGAACCAUCAUUGUCAAUCUAUUUUGUUUCGUUGUGCUUUAUUACAAGAUGAAUCAGAACAAUCUUUUAUUUGGUUAUUUGAAACAUGGCUUAAGGCGAUGUAUGAGAAAAGACCAAUAUCUAUUAUCAUAGAUCAAGAUAAAAAAGUUUUCCCUACAACUCGUCAUUGCUUAUGUCUAUGGCAUAUCAAAAAGAAGUUUCCCGAAAAACUUGCACAUAUAUAUCACAAAAAUUCAACCUUCAAACAUGAAUUGAAGAAAUGUAUUCGUGAAUCAACUACAGUGAAUCAAUUUGAAGAGGAUUGGCGGGAUUUGAUUGUCAGAUAUGGCUUGGAGAAAAAUGAAUGGCUUGAAACAUUGCAUAGUAUUCGAGAGUCAUGGAUUCCUGCCUAUAAGAUGAACACUUUUUUUGCGAGAAUGAAUACAAUCCAAAGAAGUAAGAGCAUAAAUGCUUUUUUUUAUUCUUUUAUUGAUGCAAAGACUUCAUUGCAAGAGUUUGUGAUAAAGUAUGAUAAAGCAGUGGAUAGCGAUUGUGACAAAGAAAUAAAAGAAGAUUUUGAGUAA